UCGAUCGCUUAACAAGUGCAAUCAUAUACCGUUGGAAAUGUCCUCCGCUGUUGCUUCCUCCAAUCAGACUGUUUUGCACACACCCCUUGCAAGGAUUAUAUUUCUUUCGUUUUCAUUUCCCGGAAGGGUCGAUUGUGAAAAUAGUGGUUUUAUUUCUGCGAAAGUUUUAGCCUAUACUUUCUUCAUUUAAAAUGGAGUUCGGGGAAGUUUGACAUGCAGUGUGUUUCAUUUAUUGGACGAGUUAUAUGUAUGCUUAUAAGGAAAUCAUCCAGUUAUUUAUAGUCGAACAGAUAAAGUGCAUUUCCAUGGAGAACGUUUCCCCGUCACCCUUGGUCAAGCAAGAAAACAGAUCAAACAGUUCUCAAUCCAUAAUGCAUGGAAGGCAAGCCAACAUUCCUCUCAGUGUGCAUCACUCCCCCCCAAACCAGCUUCCCUUGCUCGGUCCUCCCACACAGGAAGACCUGUGGCAUCUACCUGGACGGCUGCGAAUAAACCCAUCUCUGUGGGACAAGGAGGACGUUGGCCACUGGCUCCGCUGGGCUCAGAGGGAGUACUCACUGCGACGGCCUGAAAAGGGACACUUUGAGAUGAACGGUCGAGCCCUGUGCCUGCUCACAAAGGAGGAUUUCAGAAGGCGUUGCCCCAGCUCAGGCGAUGUUCUGUAUGAGAUCCUACAGUGUGUAAAACAGCAGAGGAGGAGUGUUGUCAGUGAACUCUCAAAUUCACUGACAACUGGACUCAGCCAGAGCCCAGUCAGCUGCCAAAUACCCCCUCAGAGUGUCCAAGAGCCCCUGCCUCGCACAGUAAAUGACACCCAAGCAGUUUCGGCAGCUGUUGUAACAACUGCCACCAGCCAGCCAGGACACAUGUCACACAUGUACACGUACCCUGCUACACUGACGCAUACUAAUAGAUCAGCAGCUGUCUCUGCAUUGCCCCACAACCAAGUUCAGUGUCCUCCCCAAACAGAAACAGUCAUCCAGGAGCCGCUCAACCUGUCCAGUAGGGAGAAGUCAAGGAGCUCAAUGCACAAAGCCAACGGCCGCAUCCCAGAGUGCAGACUGCUGUGGGACUAUGUGUAUCAGCUGCUGUGUGACGACCGUUACCAAGAAUACAUCCGAUGGGAACACAAGGACAACCUUGUGUUCAGGGUAGUCGAUCCCAAUGGUCUGGCACGUCUCUGGGGAAAUCACAAGAACCGAGACAAUAUGACCUAUGAGAAAAUGUCCCGGGCUUUGCGGCACUACUACAAGCUCAACAUCAUCAAAAAGGAACGAGGACAAAAACUCCUUUUCAGGUUUCUGAAACUCCCACAGAACACCAAGAUUCUGCGGCCUGACCAAACCGAGUUCCUGGAAGACACUCAACCUCAGGAGACAGCUGACAGCAGUCCUACACACGAGUUCAGUGAAGACCAUUUUGAGGUUUCGCCAGAUCGUGCUUCCCCACAGCAUCCUCCAUAGAAAAGAAACCAUGUGUUAAAUGUCCUAAAUAAUAAUACAAAAACACAGAUGAUUACAGAAUAGAAUGGACAUGUGUGUUCAGAAAAUAGCCUAUGCAUGUACAGGUUUUACAAAAUGCACUGUUAAGUGUAGUUUUUAAGGAUUCUUUGCACUGUGAUAUUGCUUUUCAUAUUGCUGUGAAUCAAUGUUUAUCACUAUGAUCAGAACGUACACUAAUAAUAAGGGACGAGGAAAGCUGAAGAAAUCACACCCAUAUUCAAACAUUAUAUCUGAGAUUACUCAGGUUUGCUCAACAUAAUCUAUACAAAAGAUGCACUUAUUUCCAUAUACUAUAUAGGUGUUGCAUUAAGUGGUGGCAAUGACUGAUAUUGAUCCAGUUUGUCACAUAUUGUUGUUAAAUAGGAUGAGGCAUGGUAGAGGGAUCUUUAGUGUCAUAUAAAAUGUAUUGUGUUGCAGGUUAAAUGCCAGUUUGUGCAGUUUAGUUUGAAUUUUUACAGCCUAUAGGUUAAUAAUUGUGAAUGCUUAAAUAAAUAUUCUGUAUUGCAUGUUUUGUAUACCUUGGUUACUACUACUCGGGAAGUUGUCCAGGAAAACAAAUGGGUUCAGCCCGCGUGAUCUAGUAUUUGGGCAUAAAAAGUGUGACCCACUUGCAGUUUUGCAAGAUGGAUGUUUGCCAGAAGGAAACUCAACAAAAUGUCAUUAUUUAUGUAAAUGUCUUUAGACUAAAAUUGUACAAGGCAGGUGAAAUGGCAAGAUAGAAAAUGGAGUUUGUCAAUUUUUUUGUCCUACCACUUUCUCACUCGCCUGCCUCUUGUCAUUUUGCCUUUCAAUGUAAUAUGUAGCGGCCCCUUUACGGUGGGUGGGUCAAAUCUCGGAUCUAAAUUACUUGGUUGAAAUGGCUGUAGAAAAUCUACAAAGCUGUGCCUCCUAAAGCCAUAUAACUCUUGUGAGUCAGUGUUUUCAGUGCAGCAGUUGUAAAGUUGGCUUUGGUUGAAGAAGAGACUGUGUGAGGCUGAAGUUCAGUUUUGUUCUACUUAAAACAAAGACAAACAAACACACAGGUCAGAACUACAAUCUCCUUACGAACAUAUAGUUGUGUCUUUGGCUAAAUGUAUCAGUAAGGUCAUAAAAUAUAGACAACAACAUAAACACACUCACAGUACUCCUUGCAUAACCCCAACAUCAAAACUGGCCUCUGUAACUUCAGGUUGUACUGUGGUAGCAUUGUAGCCAAUGGCACAGCUGCUGAUAAAUAACCUUACCUCCAAGACAGCAGAUUAGGAUCAUUGCAAACUAAGUUUACCUAUUAUAUUUUAAUUUACUUCAUUUUACCAAGAUAAUACACUCAGUAUCAAUAUAACUUUCCAGGAAGUCUUGGGUACAUAUAUUAUAAUAUAUCAAAUUUCUUAUCUGUAUAUUAUUGUCUAUUUAAGCGGGAACUACUUUUAUAGAAAUUGCUGUGUUGUAUUAAGAUAGAUAAAAUACAUUUAAAUGUGUUUGUAGGAGGAUAUUUACCUGGAAGAGUCAGAUGGAAAUAUUAACAUUUGUUUCCUCAGUUUGGUAGUAAAUAUUACAACAUUUGAAAAAAAAACAGGAACAUUCAAAUAUUUUCCUUACUAAGUUUGACCUAGAUGUAAACGACUCUGUUGAAACUAAUGAGUUGAAACUCAUUUCCAGAGAUGUAUUUGUCACAUACUCAUACUUCUAAUGUAAAUAAAUAAAAUCGGAUUAUUUUGACUACACACAAUUUACACAAGCACACACACAGGUAGCAGAACACCUCAGAUCGUUUGCAAAAUGCAAAACUAUACAGUAAUUCAUAAACACCCAAUUUUGUCAUCGUAUGGCGCACACAUGGUUCCUACAAGCUGAUACAGUUUGAACCAGUUACACACUGCUGUUCUCAAAAAACACUUUUAACAUUUGCACUUUUCUAAUGAUAUAGUUUUGAGAGAUAUUGAAAUUAAACUACAUAAAUAUAUUGACCAAACACAACACACAAGACCAGUUACUGCACACUGAUGAAAAUAUGUACUUCUCUCCACAUUGUAAAAUCAGCAUGUAUUCCCAAACCUUGCAUUUUGCACUGAAAAUCAGAGCAGAUCAUAUUCUAAAUAGAAUAUAGUACAUAAAGCAUGUAGCAUGUAUUUAUAUAGUACCAAAUCAUAACAGAAUGUAUCUCGACACUAUCACAAAGAGCAGGUCUAGACCGCACUCUUUACAUUUGCAUUGAAAAGGCAAAGAAGUGACGUCAUGGUAGAUGAGUGUGUUUAGUGUUUUGUAAAAAGUGUGAGGCUGAGAAUGAGUUGUACAGAUCUGGGAUGAUAUUUUGCUACUUGAUUGUUCGUUUCCCAGAAAUUGUGUAAUUUUAGUGUGUUAGCAAUUGGAAAAGAACUGUAACCACCAGCUUGAUAUCUUACAACCUUAGUUGUCCCUUUGGAAAUGAUUGCUGUGAAAUCCUAAGAAAAACAUUGAUGCUUAAAAUAUUAAAAGAAAGGACUUGCUUAAAA